CAAUGUUCCAGGGCUGACAUGGUUCUCGACUACCAUCGCCUACGAGGCAAGACUCGCUCACAAGAAAGGGGUCCGGGUUAUUUUAUGUUGUGGUCAUUGAUCUCAUGCGGUGGCCAUCCGAGCGCGGGGUGCAAAGAAGACAAGCAGCCCACAAAGAUCUGCGAACCGCGGGCCUCAUACCUGACCUUGUGAUAUCUCUCCUAGAACGACAGCCAUGUCUCGGUUGAAGAACAUACGCGUAGCGUUUCUACCCUCCUCGCAGUCGAGCAUUACCCCUGCGACUGAAGCACCCUGGACGUCGCUUGGGCUGGGAAAGAAGGUCCUGCUCCGUGAACUGGAAACGCUCUAUUGGGAGGGUGUUCGAGGAGAACUCGAGAACAUCGUCCGCACGUUGAACACUUGGCAGAAGCCCGAGUUCUCUGACGUGAAGGUGGACGACGAGGAUGACAUCUUCAUUCACGGCUUCGAUACAUUCCUCGAUCAGGUCACCGAAGAAUCGCGAGCAUUCGCUAUUCGAUAUGAAAAAAUAAAGAAAAAGGAGAUGGAGCUGCGUCAGAAGAAUGCAUACGUAGCGUCGACCGCCAAGUACGCCGAGGCACUCAAAGAGGUUCUCAGAGAUUGUCAGACCGACCACGCCAGCUCCAGGCUUAGAGCCAAGGUCCGGCGUGCCAUUGAUGAUCUCCCGAGACUCAGAGGCCUUCAACAACGGGCAUGGAUGUUGCUGCAAGCCACAGGAUUUCUCGACAUUGAAAAGCUGAUCGAACACCGGCCGCCGCUGGACAAGCUUGGCUUCUGGAAGCGGCCCGCAAUACCUCAACUGGCCCUGUCCAAGUUUGACGGGUCUUGGAUUCCACGCCUCGAGCCUCUGCGCUGCAGUCAUCCUGACUGCAACAGCGUCAUACGGGGAAGCAUGUUCGUCCCGUCGGCCGCAUGUGCUGGACUACCCGGCCAAGCCGUCGUUUGUGAGGACUGCUACCGCUCGGUCCACUACGGCGACACGUCUUUCACCAAAUCCUACAAGCACUGCGUCCUCGCCGAAGCCAUCACACCGCCAAUAAGCCGGGCUAUUUGCCGCUGCAAGGACGUCCCUCAUUUUGAUGGUUCAGGCAAGGCAUUGUCCCUCUUUCCGCUAGCCAAGGACGCAAAGCAUUUCGAUGUCGGUGGGGCCGGAACCGUUCAAUGCAGCCUUCUUAAGCUUGGUGAGACUGUCGCCCUGGCCAAGUACAACGGGCUGCAAUCCGUCGUGAGCACCAAGAAACCAUUCAAGUCGCCCUCCAUGGUAUCUUUAUCCGAUGCUACUCCCGGAAAGAGCACGGCCAGCACAGGCGAGGGCUCAGCUCCCAACAUGGCUUUGAAACCAAAAUCGAAGCGACUUGAGACCAAGACAGAGAGCAGCCUCCAUGAUUCUGCGACCCGAGUUGCCGCUUCAAGCUCCACGAGCGUUGUUACCGAAGCAACAGCUGAUGAAGAUAUCCCCUUGUUCUUCAGGAGGUUCACGUCCAAGUACCCAUUCGGGAAUGUGCACAUGGCGCUGAGGGUUGGCCCAUUGGUGAUCGAGAACGGAGUGGCCCACACCAAAGGCGGCGCCUUGGUAACCAUGCGGGAACCGCCCGUCUUCCAGGGUCGGCUAAUGCUGUUCACACCUCGCAACCGCAGCCUUGCCGUAGGGGGAACCGCGGCGCGGGAGAUUUGGCAACAAGAUCGACUUCCGAUAUCCCAGAAACGUUACAAAGCCGUCAUGAAGCAGGUCGUCGGCGCCCCUUUCACCGGGAUGCUACCCCACGGGGAGGAAUUGGACAUCAUCAAUGAUCUUCUAGCGGCAAGCCUGAAGCCAUUCGACGACCCGGGUCUGCCAGUCGCCGAGCAGCAAAAACUCAUCUCGGAGAGUCUGGACCACGUGUUGGGAAAGCUGAAGGCCGUGAUACACUCGAGGGUCAUGAUAUACCUGGAGAGCAUUGCGGAGCGGCUCCUGACCCCCAACACGAAGUUGACCUGGAGUGCCACGACCAACAACUGCCAGAGCUUCUGUAACGCCCUGAUCGACUUUGAGCUAUUCGGACCUCUUGUCGGCAGCACAAGCACACCAAAACCAGACAUGCCCUCCCCUCUAUACGUCAUGAGUUUCGUUUGCCCCGACGAGGGCUACCUGCAGCGCGGCGUCGCGACCAAGUACGAUGUCCCAAGCGGGUUGACCGAGGAGUACCUCCUGCGCUUCCACUUUGGGCGCCACGACGAGGCCGACAUGAUCGACACGCAGCAGGAGUACUGGUACGACUGGGGCGCCUUCGGCGGGCCGCUGUACAAGUACCAAGACCUCUUCCCUUGGGACUGCACCGAGGCCUACGGCCGCUACCCGACGCGCUGCGGAGCCUGCAACCUGGCCAAGCACGUCUGGGCCUUCCCCUUCGACGCCUGGUCCGUCGCCGCCCUGCACCUGACGCGCGAGCGGCACCUGUACGGCCCUGCCGCAGUCGACGCCUCCCUCGCCGCGGCGGGCCCAGGCGCCACACCCCAGACGUGGAUGCGCAACCGCCUGACGGUGCUCACCGCCAACAACGUCCUCUCGCGCGCCGCUGUCGCCAUGGCGCGGACCCCGCGCUUCGCGCGCACCACCGCCUGGCUACACAACUCUAACCCCAACCCCUCCAACCCAACCAAGGGCGGGACCGCCAGCAACCUCCUCUCCGCUUACCCUUCCCUCGCGCGCGUAAAGCUCGGCGGCAUCCACCGCGCCCAGCCCUUCAGCCAUUACUUCGAGGCCGGCACCUACAGCCACUACUUCCUGGCCGAGUGGGCUUUGCGCCCACGCGCCGAGCAGAUCGCUGCGUACGAGGAGCUGCGCGACGGUCGCGUGCGGCUGCCGGACGUGGUGCGCGGGACCGGCAGGGGCCGGUUUGCGAGUCUGAUGUCGUCGCGCGAUCGCUCGCUUGGGUUUGCCGGGUUCGGUGGCGGCCACGCGGCCGGGGUGAUGCCGGACGCCGCCGCCGCGACGCCCAUGGACGCGAACAACGCCGGGCCGCUUGCGGACGCGGGCUUUACGGCGGCUGAUCUCGGGCCGGAUGUUCCGGGCGUCGAGGGGCCGGCUUGUGCGGUUGGCUGUGGGUCGAGUUGUGGGAGCGGGUGUGGCAGCGCCUCGUGCGGAGGGGAUGCGGGAGGAUCUGGGGGUGGCUGCGGCGGAGGUGGCUGUAGAGGAGGAGGGGGAGGAGGAGGUUGCGGAGGAGGAGGUUGCGGAGGAGGAGGAGGAGGAGGAGGUGGUGGCGGUGGUGGGUGCUGA